AUGAAGGAUAUUAGCCUUGUGUCUAGAAAAACGCACAUUCAAUGGAAUAAUUCCGAUAAGCAACAAAUGACGAAUAGGAUGAAUAACAAAUCUAUAGAAAUGGACAAAUACGACAUGAAUUCCAAUGGAGCGAAUAACAAGUCUGUAAAUAGCGAUCUAUACCAAGCAGUGUUCCCAAUUUAUUACUUGAGCAAACUAUCCGGUGUAUUUCCAACGAGAUUCGUCGCACAAGUAUCUGGUAGAUAUCAAGGCCGAUUGAGUGUCACUGAUAGCAUUUACAGUGUGUGCCUAUUGGUGUGUCUAAUCAGUGCCGAGAUUUGGGGUUUCUGGCGUGAUUUAAGAGAUGGAUGGGAGCAUAGCACUCGACUCAAGUCACAGAAUGCGGUAAUUGUUACUACCAGCGAUGUAAUGGGUGUAAUGAGUCUCACAGCCUGUUCCAUCGUCGGUUCAAUUCUAUGCUGGAAACACGUGCAAACUAUUAUCGAUAUACUAGUUGAUUGCGACGAGAAGCUAGGAAUUGUUUCGCCGAAAAAGAUCCGACGAUACACAAUCCUCUUGACACUCUGGAGUCUUCUCUAUUCCAUCAUCAUCUCAUCUCUCGAUAUCUACACAUGGAACUAUAAGACGAAACUGAACAAGAAACUGAACGACAAAGGUCCAAUCAAUUACGUUCCCCUGUACUUCAUGUAUAUAGUCAUCAUCAUGAUGGAAGUUCAAUACGCCGUUGUUGUCUACAAUGUGAGCCAGAGAUUCUGCAGACUUAAUAAAAACCUUGAGAACAUCUUUAACAGUGGCAGAAUCACAGAUCAAUUUAAGAAGGAGCUUGGAUUGGAUGGCAAAAAUUUCACGGAUAGCAUCUCCCAAUUGAUGACAGUCCAUGCAUCAUUAAGUGACACCGUGAUGCUUAUAAAUACUGCUUAUGGUGUUGUUGCGCUUAUGAUUACAAUCACCUGCCUAAUACAUUUAAUCAUUACACCGUAUUUUUUAAUAAUGGAAGCUGAUGGAAGACGUGAACCACUGUUCCUUGCGGUACAAGGAUUAUGGUGCAUCUUUCAUAUCUGGAGAUUAUUCAUGAUCGUACAGCCUACGUACGCUGUUACAACACAGGGAAAAAAAACAGCCGUUUUGAUCAGCCAGCUACUGUCAGUGAGUCUUGACAAAGAAAGCAAGAAGCAAUUAGAGAUAUUUUCACUUCAACUCCUACAUCGUCCGUUAGAAUUCUCAGCGUGUGGACUUUUCACUCUAGAUCGAACUCUUGUAACAUCAAUCGCUGGUGCCGUCACAACGUAUCUUGUAAUACUUAUACAGUUCCAAAAAGAGGACGAUACGAAAGAUGAUUUCGACAAUAUCUUAAAGAACGCCACGCAGAUGCUAAAGAAUGCUUCGACGCUUCAUAACUUCUCGGCAGGAAGAUAGGAUGAAAUAUUUUCUAAAUUAGGACAAACAGCUUCUUUUCUAUUUUUGUUUCAUUAUGUUCUUGAUACUAUAAUAAAGCUUCCUAAAAGUUAGUAUAUAUGU